CUGUCUCUCUCUCUUCAUCUCCCCCCUCUAAACUAGAUUUCCUUUUCUCUCUCUAAGAUCUCUCUCUCUCUACACAUUAACCAACAUAGCAUCAUAGCCCCACCGCCCCACACACAUAUAUAUAUACACACACACUCACACCCAAAAGUAGGUGUAGUUCUGUACAUUAUCUGAGAAACCCACUUCAAAUUUCUCAUAAAAAAGCAAUCUUUUUUUUGAUUUCUUUUAAUAAUUUGCAACUAACUACCCAAUGGCUGUGGAAGAAAUAUUGCAUGUUCUUGCUGUGGACGAUAGUCUUGUUGAUAGGAAGGUUAUUGAGCGUCUCCUCAAAGUUUCUUGCUGUAAAGUUACUGCUGUUGAAAGUGGGAGGAGGGCUCUUCAGUAUCUGGGGUUAGAUGGGGAGACCAGCUCUGUGAAUUUUGAUCAGGAAUUAAAGGUGAAUUUGAUAAUGACAGACUAUUCCAUGCCUGGAAUGACAGGAUAUGAACUUCUCAAAAAGAUUAAGGGCUCGUCUAAGCUGAGGGAAAUCCCGGUGGUGGUUAUGUCGUCGGAGAACAUUUUAGCUCGUAUCGAUAGGUGUUUGGAGGAAGGGGCAGAAGAGUUUCUAAUGAAGCCGGUAAAGCUCUCGGAUGUAGAGAGAUUAAGGGAUUUCGUACUGAAAGGCGACGAAGAUAAAAACGAAGGAGAAGUAUUAGCAACAACUCGCAAGAGGAAAAACCGAUCAGACGAAUCCCGUCCGUUGAUUCUACAAUCCUCGGAACCGUCGCCGCAUCAGAGUCUUCCUAAGCGCCCGAGAUUGAUCGCCACCGUUGAUUAGCUUCAACCGAUUUUAUUUGUUCUUUUUUUGGGUUUCGAUUUUCGAUUUAUGAAAUUGUGGUAUAGAAAAUUAGCUGUAAGCCAAAUAUUGCUUCUUUUUGGGAUUUCGGACUAGGCGAAAAUUAGAAAUAGGCAACCGAUGUUUUGUUUUUGUGGUGUAAAUAUGAAAUUUGAAUGAGAUGGUUGUGUUCUAUUUUGUAUAAUCUGAAUUGUGCAUUUGCCAAUUUGCAAA